UAAAGCCUGAGUGCAAGGUGGAUGGCACACACACAGGUGGCUCACUUGGACCCUCCACUAGCUUCUCCUAGUGUUCUAACAGAGACCACAACAGUGUCUGGGUUUAUUUUCCAACAUUUUUUUCAAGCUUCUUUUAAAUUUUUUUGAAGCUGUUUGCUGAGGAAAGGAAGUAAAGGUCAGAAAUGGGGUCCAGCUGUUCGUCCUAUGCUCCUAAAACCGUAUACCUGGAUGUGGAUGGAAAAGUUCAAAGGGUGAUUUUCAGUCGUCACUGCAGUCCAUGUGACAUCCGAGAGCUGCUUUGUACAUCAUCCAACAUCACCAGAAACACAGCUAUACUUCUAGUGGAUACAGAGGGGGCACUGAUAUCGAUUGACCCCACUAUGCCCACAAACUCACCCAACAACUUGUACAAAGUGGUGCCCCAUUCCAGUCAUGGAGGAGAGAAAGAAGACAUGUUCCAGAAUGUUCUCUCCCAAGUGGCGGAGCAAUUCAGUCGGGCUUUUAGAAUAAACGAUCUGAAGACGGAGAUGACCAACAGACUCGCCAUGCUGGAGAAAAGAGUUGAACUAGAGGGUCUCAAAGUGGUCGAGAUCGAGAAGUGCAAGAACGAUCUGAAGAAAUUAAGGGAUGAAGUGACCUCUAGAGGUGAAUCGAGGGUGAACUGCACCUGCAAAUACAACUUCACAGAGGACGGGAUGAAACUCUCUCCCAGGCGUGAUGUUCCAAGUUAUCCGAAGUACACACUUUCCCAGGAGACCAUCGAGACUCUGAAGAAGCCCACCUUUGAUGUAUGGCACUGGGAGCAUAAUGAGAUGUUAAGCUGCCUGGAGUACAUGUACCACGAUCUCGGCUUAGUAAAGGAGUUCAACAUGAACCCCAUCACCCUGAAGAGGUGGCUGCUGGCCAUCCAAGAAAAUUACCGCGACAACCCGUUCCAUAACUUCCGCCACUGCUUCUGCGUCAGCCAGAUGAUGUACGGAAUGAUCCACUUGUGCAACCUACAGGAGAAGCUGACUAUGACGGACAUGUGUAUUUUAAUGACUGCAGCGGUGUGCCACGAUCUUGACCAUCCAGGAUACAAUAACACGUAUCAGAUUAAUGCUCGGACAGAGCUGGCGGUACGCUAUAACGACAUCUCCCCCCUGGAGAACCACCACUGCGCCGUGGCCUUCCAGAUCCUCACCAUGCCGGAGUGCAACGUCUUUGCCAACAUCGAACUCGAGUCCUUCAAACAGAUAAGACAGGCCAUCAUUACUCUCAUUCUAGCCACUGACAUGGCCAGACACGGUGAGAUACUAGAUUCCUUCAGACAAAAAGUGGACAACUUUGACUUCACCAAUGAGGAGCAUGUCAAAUGUCUGAAAAUGGUCUUGAUCAAAUGUUGUGACAUCUCCAACGAGGUUAGACCAACUGAGGUGGCUGAGCCAUGGGUGGACUGCCUGCUGGAGGAGUACUUCAUGCAGAGUGAUCGAGAAAAGUCAGAAGGUCUCCCGGUUGCACCAUUUAUGGAUCGGGACAAAGUGACCAAGCCGACAGCGCAAAUCGGCUUCAUCAAGUUCGUUCUCAUUCCGAUGUUUGAGACCGUCAUGAAGCUUUUCCCUCAAAUCGAGGAGAUCAUGGUGCAGCCGCUGCGGGAUUCUCGUGACCACUACGAAGAACUAAAACAGAUUGACGAUGCCAUGUCACAAGCCCAGAAGAAGAAAACGGAGAGCAUGUCAUUAGGAGGAAAGAAGAAAUAAACCCAAAAAGUCUGCGUCCUUGUCUGAAAAAAAGAGAAGUCUGACGGGCAGAUGAAACAUAGUCUGGCUUUAUUACGGUGUCCAAUGUGGCAUUUUUCUGAGUCGGCAUCUUCUGCCUAAUUCUCACGAACCUCCGCUGUGUGAGGACGGAUUUCUCAACACCUGAUAGAUAUACUGUAGUAAGACACCUGAUCUGAGAGGAACCUUAUGAGCGCAGUGGACUGUUAGUGUUUUGAAGAUUUUACAGCACAUAUUAUACGGUAAGGCUGAGAGAACAUGGCAGGUGAAAAUCCAAUGAAGGGUCCACAGAUGGGAAGAAGGAAUUUGGAGAAGUUUGUAAAAUAAAAUCGGGUGAUUGAUGAAUUUUCUGCAUUUGUUGCCAUUUAUAAUAUUAAUCUGAUAUUUAUAAAGAUGGACAUGUUUUUAAAAAAUGGAAUAAAGGUGAGAAAAUGAUUUAUCUCUCACUAUAAACAUUCUCUUAUAUACAAUCUUGACCCCCUGAGAUGUUGGACCAUGAGUGUGUAUUAUAGAAAAGGGAAAAAACAUUUACACUAAAGUUGAUCAUUCUACCAGCUGAUGGCAUUUAAUAUUUUCCAAAAAUUUUUAUAUAUAAUCAACAAUAAUACACUAUAUUGCCAAAAGUAUUGGGUCACCUAGUCAAAAGGAUGGAAUGUGAUUUUUGAGCAUCGCAUCCCAUAUUUAGUUAGAAUCUGCUCUUAUAAUUCACUCCACUCUUCUGGGAAGAUGUUCCAC